GCCUUUCUUUUUUCCGUGACGCGACGGCUCCUUUGUUCACAAAGUGCAAACCCCCUCGUAACCCCCUAAUUCUCUAUUCCUCAAACCAGCUUGCAGAUAUGGAUUUUCAAGUGGUAGUAUUGGCGGGAGGCACUUCGAAGAAGCUUGCCCCUCUUGUUUCCAAGGACGUUCCCAAAUCGCUACUCCCAGUGGCGAAUCGCCCAGUGUUAUCCUACCUUUUGGAGCUAUUGGAGCAGAGUAAUCUCAAAGAUCUUAUCGUUGUUGUGGAAGGGGAAGAUACAGAUGGCCUUGUUGAAAAUUGGAUAUCUGAGGCUUAUGUUGAUCGAUUACAUGUUCAGGUUGCUUCUGUCCCAGAGGAAGUUGGUACAGCUGGCGCUCUUCGGGCCAUUGCUCAUCAUUUGACUGCAUCUGACAUCCUGGUUGUGAGUGGUGAUCUUGUUUGUGACAUAUCACCAGGGGCAGUAGCAGCAGCUCAUAGGCGACAUGAUGCUGUAGUGACUGCAAUGUUAUGUUCUUUACCUGUCAGUGGGACCCAGGAAUCAGGCUCUUCUGCUGGAAAAGAUAAAACAAAGAAACCAGGAUGCAUUAAUAUUGUGGGCCUUGACCUCACAGAACAAUUUCUUUUACAUAUAGCAGCUGGUAUGGAUGUUGAAAAAGAUAUUAGGGUUCAAAAGAGCAUCCUUCGUGCUGUAGGCAAGAUGGAAAUUCGUGCUGAUUUAAUGGAUGCUCAUUUAUAUGCAUUCAAAAGGUCUGUUCUUCAAGAUGUCCUUAAUAAAAAACAAACAUUCAGAAGCUUGAAGCAGGAUGUCUUACCUUAUCUUGUCAAAAGUCAACUGAGGUCUGAAAUAUUAUUAAAUGGAGCACAAGCUGAAGAAAAUGGAAACGAAAAGGAUGCUUUUAGUAACAAUAAAGUAAUGUUGUCUCAGCUUCUUGCUAACGCAUCUACACCAAGCUUUCAUGAACUUUAUGCCUUGGGGCCCAAUGGAUUUGCUCCAACUGAAAGAAAAACUCAUAAAUGCUGUGUUUAUAUUGCCAACAAAACCUCAUAUUGUGCACGAUUAAAUUCCAUUCAAGCAUUCAGUGACAUUAACAGAGAUGUCAUAGGAGAUGCAAGUCAUUUAUCCAGAUGUUCAUUCUCUGUGCACAACAAUGUCAUUCAUCCAUCUGCUGUUCUUGGCUCAAAAACCACAGUUGGACCACAAUGUAUGCUGGGAGAAGGUUCACAAAUGGGGGACAAAUGCAGUGUAAAACGUUCUGUUAUUGGACGUCAUUGUCGGAUAGGAUCAAAUGUGAAGGUUGUAAAUUCGGUGAUUAUGAAUCAUGUUACUAUUGGAGACGGUUGUUCUAUCAAUGGAUCGGUUGUUUCCAGUAACGUACAGCUCCAAGAGCGUGCUGUACUCAAGGACUGUCAAAUAGGUGCUGGUUUUGUGGUUACGGCUGGAAGUGAGCACAAGGGAGAAUCUUUGGCACGGAAAUAGAAGUAUAGCCUAUGGGGAUGAAUGAUGAUUUUAUUUUUGUAAAACGUGACAUAGGUUUAUAUUAUAUUUUCAUUAUCGGCUUUUCGAUUAAACUCGGUUUGGUUGUAGUCUAAGUUGUAAACAGAAUGAAUGAAGACAGGAAGAGCGUGUUUGAUGGAUUUUACUAUUCUGUGGUG